UUUCAAAUCUCACUUCUUUACACAAUGUCAUCCUCUAUCUCUCUCCUCCUCACAACCACCGUCUCCGUCACAAUCCUCUUCUUCUCCACCAUCUCCACCGCGGCGACAAUUCCAAACAUCCACCAUCCAUUCAACAAAAUCUACGCCUUCGGCGAUUCUUUCACCGACACCGGAAACUCACGCUCCGGCGAAGGACCAGCCGGAUUCGGACACUUGUCAAGUCCUCCGUACGGCAUGACUUUCUUCCGGCGACCAACAAACCGUUACUCCGACGGUCGACUCACCAUCGACUUCGUGGCAGAGUCAAUGAAUUUACCAUUUCUACCACCGUACCUCAGCCUCAAAUCCACUAACGGUAACGGCACAGCUACGGAUACUCACGGCGUUAAUUUCGCCGUCUCUGGAGCAACGGUGAUUAAACACGCGUUUUUCGUGAAGAACAAUCUAUCGCUUGAUAUGACUCCUCAGUCUAUAGAAACAGAGCUUGGCUGGUUCGAGAAGUAUUUAGAGACACUUGGAACGAAUCAGAAGGUUUCUUUGUUUAAAGAUUCUCUCUUUUGGAUUGGAGAAAUUGGAGUGAAUGAUUAUGCGUAUACCCUUGGAUCUACUGUGUCAAGUGAUACCAUUAGAGAACUCAGUAUCUCAACUUUUACAAGGUUUUUGGAGACAUUGUUGAACAAAGGUGUGAAAUAUAUGUUGGUACAAGGACAUCCAGCAACUGGAUGCUUGACGUUAGCAAUGUCGCUUGCCGCAGAAGAUGAUCGGGACAGUCUCGGAUGUGUGCAAAGUGCCAAUAACCAAAGUUACACUCACAAUCUUGCUCUUCAAUCCAAACUUAAACAACUUAGGAUCAAGUAUCCGACUGCCACAAUAGUCUACGCAGAUUACUGGAACGCGUACCGUGCGGUGAUUCAAAACCCUAGCAAGUACGGUAUCACCGAGAAGUUCAAGGCUUGCUGUGGAACCGGAGAGCCGUACAACUUCCAGGUGUUCCAGACUUGUGGGACGGCUGCAGCUACCGCGUGUAAGGAUCCGAAUCAAUACAUCAAUUGGGACGGAGUCCACUUGACCGAGGCUAUGUAUAAGGUUAUGGCUGAUAUGUUCCUUGACGGCACUUUCACUCGUCCUAGAUUUAGUAACUUGUUGUUCAAGAAACUAAACAGUUUAUAAAAGAAUUGUUUUACUGAUUUUUUAUA